UCAGGCACUACCACUCAUCUGUUCUGGAUAAGAUCUUUUCAAGCGAGGAGUGGCACCAAAAGCCACAUAAAGUGGCAACAAAAGCAAGAGCUUUUAGGCAAGCCAUGGAAACUCUCCUUCAGCAAGUGGCGCUGCCAUCACCUCUCCACAUUACAAGAGCUUCUACAUGGAUGAAUAGAAGCCCAGUUCCCAUCCUUCCCACAAGUCCUGUCCAUAUGCUGGCCUCAAAGAGAAGGGCUAAAGAGCUGCAAGGCCAAGGCAGAGGAUUCGGAAAAACUGCCUCGGAUAAGAACAGAAGGCCAGAAGAAGGUGAUAUCAACAAUAACACUCAGAACGACGGAGACGAUGAGAUACCCCCAGAUGUGUUCAAUAGGUUGAUACGUCGUAUGCUGUUCUCCGUCGGGAUCCCAAUGGGAUUGGGCAUUGGCUUGUUGUACGUGCUAAGUUUGCUCAAGAAAGGCAACAUAUGGGAGGUGCCUGGAUGGCUGCCAUUCCUGACCAUCCUACUCUCUUUCGGGACGUCAGCGAUGGGCAUUGCUUAUGCUACUCUGACUACCAGCUGGGAUCAAAACAAGGAGGGUUCCCUUCUAGGAUGGGAGGAAGCCCAGAAAAACUGGCCUGAGCUGUGGAAGGAAGAAGAUGAUAAGAGAUGAAUUUUAAUGUAAAAUAUUGUGAUUCCAAGUUCAUGUUUGCAAUGCUAAAGGUUCUCCACCACGUCAGCUGCUUUACAGAGCUUGUAGGAGAUGGACUAAAUAAGAAGAAAUGUAGAAUAUUAAAGCUAUUCCCUAAAAGUUUUUAUGAUCCCAAUUGGCAACAGAAAAUAUGACCAUCUUAGCUAUCAACCUCUUCAGCAUAUAUGAAAUCUUUGGUGUUGAUCAGUAUCAUGAUGAACCAUAUUCUUAUUUUGGACCAGCUCAUUUUUUGUCGCUCACCCCAAAUCGAGCACCUCCUUUGAUCAAGAUUGUCAAAUGCCCACAACCUAGCGGCUUGGACCAAGGCAGUGGAGGACCAGAAGGUUAGCUAAUUUUUUUCAUUCAUCCAUUAUAAUACAUCCGUAAUUGCCUCCAUGCCUCGUGCUAGCACGAAAGCGUCAGAACCUGGAAAGCUGCUGAACGAAACGGGCUCCGGGAGAGGCCGGGAAAAACCAGAGGAAGCUGUUGUUCUCGGAGUCCUUGUUCCACACCCCACUUGUCUUGACCUUUUACCACAACAUGCAGGACUAUGAAAGACACAAGUGCGUCAAGUAUCCGUACAAGUCUGGACUGAAAUUACCACUGGUGUUAGGCGCAAGCCUCUCUCGUCGUCACAGAGGAGAUUGACCAUCAUGAUUUCCCAUGCAAAAAGAUG